GUAAUUUGGCAUCAACAUCAUUGGUGAAGACAACAAGACCACAAUCCACCACAGUCGCUGCACGCGUCAUGUGUGUAUUCACAGACGAAGAUGCGCACCUCGCUGCCCGUGUAGAGGCCAUCCCAUCAUCCACCUCUCUUCCUCCCAAUAUUCCCUCCGUCCUUCCUCCCAUCACUUCAUCAUCUGGAAGUGGUAAUUGGUCCCCCCAAAACCUACCGCAUUUCCCUCAAUCGCUCCCUCCCGUACGUUCACAACAAACCUCCGGAAACUCUGCACCCAUACCCGCAUCUGCCGCACCCGCAAAUCCAGAACCUCCUGCACCUCCCCUGGAGCACCCUGCUCUUUCUGAGCUGCGCACAGAGCUGCACGAGACCCAAGCCAGCCUUGCAAGCCAUGUCGACAAGGUCCGCACACUCGAGGACAUGCUUGCAGAGCACGAGGCCAUUAAGGCCGAGGUUGCAGCUCUCCGUGAUCUCAUCCAUGCUUCAUCCGCACGUUCUCAGCACGACAAUGCCAUGAACGUAGACUCGGAGCGCGGUCGCCGUGGACAAGACGACGACAACAGAUCUAGCAUUCGUACAAUCACCCCGCAUGAGUUGGAGCGCGUCGAGGACGAGGACGAGAGCGAAGAACAGGAUGAGAGCAAGGAGGAUAGGGAGCAUGCACAGAGGAGGGAGGAGCUGGGUAGGCUGCGGAUGCCAGAGCCAUCGGGGAUGGGAAUGGAUGAGGACGAGCUUAUGCAUGCCCGUGCAUCAGAAACUGAACCUUCGACAUCACGAUCACGACCACGAUCUCCUUCGCCACAGCCAUCGCACCCUGCACUAGACGAGCUCUCAGCACGGCUAGUAGCUCUUAGUGGACGCAUAGACAGCGCUGUAGAAACCCUCCGCGGCCCUCGCGCUGGCCUAAUCUUUUUCAAAAGAGAUGGACUCAGCAGCCAGGAUCGCGAGAAGCGCGUUAACGACGCUGUUUCCCUGCCUGUCAAGGUGGCCCCCACAAAUACUGACUAUCUCUACUCCCACAGCCCCAAAACAUACCAUACCUUCCUCAAUCACUCCCUCCCAUAUGUUAACAAACCUCUUCGAGCAUCUCUAAUAAUACUAUCAGGCUUGAGCUGCAAGGGGAUUGAGCCUAUUGCUGCUAUCCUCCUCGCUCGCUGCUCUCAUUAG